UCUCUUCUUCUUCUUCUUCUCUUCUUUGUCUUCAUUUUUACCUCCCUAGCCUGGCCGAAAGCUUCGUCGCUCCUCAUUUUCUGCGAGCGAAGAUCAAAUCCCGAAGAACACAGAGCUAAAUAUUUCCAAUUUCAUCAUCUGAAUUCGAAUUUUCAGAUUCUCGUGAAUUGUUUUUGUAUUAGGGUUUCGGAGCUGUUCUAAUUCAAUUUCGGUUUUUGGAUCAUUAUUUUUGGCCUUUCAACUUGUAACUAGUGCAACGGAGUUCGUUCAUUUUUAGAAUUUCAAAGUUCAGGAAACAUUUUGGUUGUGAAUUAUUCGGAGAACAAUGAAGGCCCUCCGGGAAUGGUUUUUUCCUCAGCUGGUAUCAAAGGCGGUGGUCUCAGCUAGACCACUGUCGGGAAGUGACAGUUUCUUUGAUGGUGAAUCUCUUGACGAGGAAGAGUUUGAUGACCAAGGUGAUACCGAGUCCUCCAGUUUGGUGGCAACCCCAGUUCCUAAUGCCUCAUGCUCAGAUGGAGAUCAGGAAAAUAAUUUACAAACCUCCCGACAGUUAGUUGAUUAUUCUGACAGAUCUCAUAAUGAGCGCAAGGAAAAAAAGAAGGAUCCACUGGUAAAGAUUGAGGAUCUUCAAGUUAAGUUCUUGUGCCUUCUCCGGCGGCUUGGGCUGCCAGAGAACAAUCUUCUGGUGGCAAAGGUUUUAUACCGAAUUCACCUGGCAACUCUGAUACGGGCAGAGGAAUCAGAUCUAAAAAGAAUUAAUCUCAGAAGCGAUAGAACCAGAAUUGUAGUUGCUGAGCAAGAGACGGCCAGCCAGCCUGAACUGGAUUUCUCUAUAAGAAUACUUGUUCUUGGAAAAACAGGGGUUGGCAAGAGUGCUACAAUAAAUUCUAUAUUUGAUCAAACUAAAACCAUGACAGAUGCAUUUCGACCUGCCACAGAUGGCAUUCAAGAGGUUGUGGGAACUAUUAAAGGAGUUAGAAUAAGCAUCAUCGAUACCCCUGGUCUUUUGCCUCCAUCUGCAAGUAAUGUUAAAAGAAAUAAGAAGGUCUUGCUUUCUGUGAAGAGAUUCAUAAGAAAAUCUCCUCCUGAUAUAGUUUUAUAUUUCGACCGGCUAGACCUUGUAAGUAAGUGUUACAGUGAGUUCCCCCUUUUGAAACUUAUUACUGAAGUAUUUGGUCCUGCAAUUUGGUUCAACACCAUCCUUGUCAUGACUCAUUCUUCCUCGGCUCCUCCAGAGGGAACUGACGGUCAUCCCAUCAAUUAUGAGUCGUAUGCGACCUACUGCACAGAUUUGGUGCAGCAGCAUAUACACCAGGCAGUUUUGGACUCAAAACUUGAAAAUCCCGUGCUUUUAGUUGAGAACCACCCUCAGUGUAGGAAGAAUAUCAUGGGGGAAAAGAUUCUUCCCAAUGGACAGGUUUGGAGAUCACAGUUUUUGCUAUUGUCUAUCUGUACUAAAGUCCUCAGUGAUGUCAAUAUCAUCUUGAAAUUGCAAGAGAGCAUUGAAAUCGGGCCAGUGAGUGCUAACCGGCUACCUUCACUUCCCCAUCUCCUCUCAUCUCUUCUAAAGCAGCGUCCUGCAGCGAGUCCAAACGGAGCUGAGAAUGAAAUUGAUGAAAGCGUACUCUCAGAUGUGGAGGAAGAAGAUGAGUAUGACCAGUUGCCUCCAAUCCGUAUCCUUACAAAAACUCAGUUUGAGAGACUGACUAAAUCGCAGAAAAAAGAAUAUCUCGAUGAGCUGGACUAUAGAGAGACGCUUUACUUGAAGAAACAAUUGAAGGAAGAGUACCGCAGGCAAAAGGAUAACACACUUUCAAAGGGGAAAAAUUUGGCAGGUGAUGAUGAUUCUGAUGGCCAGCAAGCACCUCCAGAGGAUGUCUUGCUACCAGAUAUGGCAGUUCCUCCUAGUUUUGACUCGAAUUGCCCUGUGCAUAGAUAUCGUUGCCUUGUUACAAGUGGUCAAUGGCUUGUGAGACCAGUUCUUGAUCCCCAAGGAUGGGAUCAUGAUGUUGGCUUUGACGGAAUUAGCAUUGAAACAGCUAUGGCAAUUAAACGAGACGUCUCUGCCUUAGUCACAGGACAGAUGAGCAAGGACAAGCAGGAUUUUAGUAUUCAAUCUGAGUGCACUGCUUCUUACUCAGCUCCCGAGAGAGAUACUUACUCUGUUGGUCUUGAUGUUCAGUCUACUGGAAAAGAUUUGAUGCAUACACUUCACACUGAUACAAUGCUGAGAAAAGUGUGGCACAACAUUGCUGAUUAUGGUGUUUCUUUGACAUCCUUUGGCAAUAAAUAUUACGUUGGUGCCAAGAUUGGAGAUACCAUUUCAGUUGGGAAAAGAUUGAAAUUCGUGGUCAAUGCUGGUAGAAUGGGAGGUUCUGGGCAAGUGGCGUAUGGUGGGAGCUUUGAGGCUACUUUAAGGGGAAGAGACUACCCUGUUAGAAAUGACGUGGUUAGCCUGGCAAUGACUCUCCUCUCCUUUAACAAGGAAAUGGUGUUGGGUGGGAAUUUACAGUCUGAAUUCCGGCUUAACCGAAACAUGAGAUUGUCAGUUAAUGCCAAUAUAAAUAGUCGGAAGAUGGGGCAGAUUUGUGUAAAAACAAGUAGCUCUGAGAAUUUGCAAAUUGCUCUGAUUUUGGCUUUUACACUAUUCAAGGCCCUUUCAAGAAGAAGGGGGACUGUGAGCUCGACUGAAGAAGAUGAAGAUGACAGAUAAGUUUCUCCUACGUUUUUGAAGCCGAGAUAUUUUUGUUAGGGAGACAUUAAUCAAUCAUAUGCGGAAAAGUUAUCGGUGUCUUGCCCUUCGAAGAAAGAACCAAAAUCUGAGUAUUCGGCCCAUCACACCCAUGUUUCCAACGUCCCUCCUUUGACAUGUCUACUUGAAAUUGCUGCUUAGUGAUGUGUUUUUUAUGGGUCCGAGACUCCAGUUGGCAGCCAACUUUUUGGCGCGGAGGUUUUGUUUCAUAUUCAACUAAAUGAGGCAACUAGUGUACAGCGACUCUGGAGAUAUAUAUUUUGUUCGUUCAAGUGGUUUAAUCUAAAUAGAAACAAGAGGUACCAUUGUUGAAUA